UUUCGGUUCAGUCAUUCAGGAGAAGUUUAGAAUGAAGUUUCUUCUGUUGAUAUUCGUCCUGCAGGUCACUGCUUCUGGAGCUGUUUCCCCAAGUAGGCAUACAAGCGUUGAGGAAAAUGAUAAGGUGGUUGCUCUAAGGUUCUUGAAAAACUUUUAUAACUUUAAGGAAAAGGAAAAUCCAGGGACAAAAAUGAAAAUCAAUGAAAACUUUAUGGAGAAUGAAAUUCAGGAAAUGCAGAAGUUCUUGGGGCUAAAAGUGACUGGAAAACUGGACACAUCUACUCUGAACAUGAUGCACAUGCCUCGAUGUGGAGUGCCUGACGGUCAUCAUUUCAGGACAAUGCAAGGAAGGCCAGUAUGGAAGAAACAUCUUAUCACCUACAGAAUCAAUAAUUACACUCCUGACAUGAAACGUGUGGAUGUUGACUAUGCCAUCCAGAAAGCUUUUCAAGUAUGGAGUGACGUGACACCCUUGAAAUUCAAAAAGAUUAACACAGGAGAGGCUGACAUUAUGAUACGUUUUGCUCUUGGAGAUCAUGGAGACUUCUAUCCUUUCAAUGACAAAGAUGGAAUCUUAGCUCAUGCUUUUGGACCUGGAUCUGGUAUUGGAGGGGACACACAUUUUAAUGAGGCUAAAAUGUGGACUGCAAACUUUAAAGGCUUCAAUUUGUUCCUAGUUGCUGUUCAUGAGUUUGGCCAUUCCUUGGGUCUUCAACAUUCCAAUGAUCCAAAGUCCAUAAUGUUCCCCACGUACCGUUAUGUUAACCCCAACAUAUUUCACCUCUCUGCUGAUGACAAACGUGGUAUUCAGUCUCUCUAUGGAGGUCCAGAAAAGCAUCAACCCUCAUCAAAUCCUAACAGUACAGAAUCAGCUGCCUGUGAACCCAAUAUGAGCUUUGAUGCUGUCACUACAGUGGGAGAUAAAAUCUUUUUCUUUAAAGACAGGUUAUUCUGGUGGAAGCUUCCCAAGAGUCCAAAAAGAGGUACUGGUUUAAUUUCUUCUUUAUGGCCAACAUUACCAUCUGGCAUUCAAGCUGCUUAUGAAAUUGGAGCCAGAAAACAAGUUUUUCUUUUUAAAGAUGAUAAGUACUGGUUAAUCAGCAAUUUAAGACUACAGCAAAGUUAUCCCAAGAGCAUACAUUCUUUGGGUUUUCCUGACUAUGUGAAAAAAAUUGAUGCAGCUGUUUUUAACCCACUUCUUCAUAAGACCUACUUCUUUGUAGAUCAUCAAUAUUGGAGGUAUGACGAGAGGAGACAGUUAAUGGACACCGGUUAUCCCAAAUUGAUUACUACGUACUUCCCGAGAAUUGGGCCUACAAUUGAUGCAGUCUUCUAUUAUAACAAACACUACUAUUUUUAUAAAGGAUCUAAUGUACUUGAAUAUGAUGUCCGAUCACAUCGUGUCUCCAGAAUGCUGAAAAAUGAUGUCAAGUUUGAAUGUUAGGAACAAUAUUAUUAAGUACGUUUGUCAAUCAAUGCAUUACUGUUUAAUAAGUAUUUAUUGGAUGCUUGUUAUGUGCUCAGUAUACCAUUAAAGAAUGACAUGUAGCAUAAAAUAAGGUAAACUCUAUAGACCAUAGAGAAAUGAUCAUAUAGAUAAGUGAUUAUACAAAAUACAUAAAGUUUUUUAUUUUGAAAACCCUCAUUGUCAAUUUUUACUUGACUCUGCACUUAAGUUUGAAAAUAGACACCUUCAAAGGCCAAGAGAAUAUCUCAGUAUCUGAUAUCGUUGAACUGAAAAAUUGUAAUUAUUUCUCUGGCUUAACUAAAAUUAAGAGACGAUUAGCUUCUUUGAUCAUUAAAUGUUUCAGCAAG